GGGAGCGCGCCGCCGCGCGCCGAGCCAGCCGGAGCGAUGGCUUCCAGGGCCGCGGGCCGCCGCCGGCCCCCGAGGAGACGCAGCUCGCGACGGGGCCCCGCACCGCGGGCCCGCGCUCCCGCCGCGAAGCUCGCCGGCCCGGAGGCCGGGCCUCCCCGCCGCGGGCCUCUCCCGCGCGCCGGCCCGGGCCGCGAGCCGCCCCUCGGGGCCAGGGCGGCCCCGGCCUCUCCCGCCGCGCGGCGGCGCGUGACGGCUCCCGGGCCCCCGCCGCCCCCGCCGCGUGGGAGCGCGGACCCGGCCUGCGCCGCGCCGCCCCCGCCGGCCCCGCACGAGCCACGGGAGGCGGCCUCCCGCCCCGGCCCGGGCCCGGAGCGCGGGGCCUCCGUGGCCCCCGCGCGCGUCCCCAGGCGGCGGCGGCGGCGGCGGCCCCGGGCCCUGUGGGACCCACGCGCGGCGAGGACCCCUCGGGAAUUUGCUUUGCUGCUGUGCAACAAAUCCAAUGCAUUUUACAGCCUUGGGAAGUGGAACGAAGCUUUUCUUGCUGCCAAAGAGUGUCUCCAGUGGGACCCAACCUAUGUGAAGGGAUACUACCGAGCUGGUUACUCCUUGCUGCACUUGCUCCAGCCUUAUGAAGCUGCUCGUAUGUUUUUUGAGGGUCUACGACUUUUGCAGAGAAGCCCAGACCAAGUGCAGAUUCCUGAUUUUCUUGUUGGGAUCUUCACAACAAUGAGCAGUGACUCCAUUGUUUUGCAGAGCUUCUUGCCCUGCUUUGAUCAUAUUUUCACUACUGGAUUUUCAACAGAAGUGUGGCAAAUUGUAAUAGAGAAGCUGUCAAAAAAAGGAUUGUGGCAUCAGUCAUUUCUACUCCUGUCAGCAAAGCAAGACCGACUGCCAAGCAAUAUCCAUGUCUCUGAGUUGUCACUGAAAAGUCUUUUUGAGAAGUAUGUCUUCAUUGGGCUUUAUGAGAAAAUGGAACAAGUUCCCAAGUUGGUUCAGUGGCUCAUCUCCAUUGGUGCAAACAUUGAAACCAUAGGACCCAGCCCUCUCCACGCCCUCAUGCGGCUAUGCAUCCAAGCGAGAGAGAAUCAGCUUUUCCAGUGGGUCAUGGAGCACAGGCCUGAGUGGAAAGGCCACAUCAACCACAGAGAUGAUGCUGGCCGUACUCUCCUACAUGUGGCUGCUACCCACUUCCCAGGAUACUCCACCAAGCGACAAACUGAGGAUGUGCAGAUGCUCCUGAACUUUGGAGCAGACCCUACUCUGCUAGAUGGACAUGCUCAGUCUGUUGUGGAUAUCCUGAAGAGGAACAAGAACUUCAGAGCGAUCGAGAAAAUCAACAGUCACCUAGAAAAGCUGGCUUCUUAUUCUAAAGGCCUAUCAGAAAUUCCCGCUGGCCUGGUUUGUGACAUUAACCGAGACUGCGCCAACACCUUCAUCAAAUUCUUACUGGAGAGACAAAAGUGGCCUGAAGUCCUUCUGCUGUUCACGCGCAAAGUCAGUGGGCAGCCUCAUCUCAGAAACUGCCUCAUCAAAAACUGUGACCUCUCAGACCUGGACAUCUGUACUGUCAUUCCCCAUCUCAGCUCCUGGGACCAGAGGAAGAUCCAGCUUCUGAGUCAUUUAAUUGACAGUGGAGCACUGCCCGAGGGUCUCCAAGAGAGCCAGGACAGGCCACUUCUCAUGUGCCUGAGACAUGAGGACUUCGAGUUGGCUUUUCUUCUCUUGACCAAGGGUGCAGACCCCCGUAGUGUCUCUCUCAUGGAAGGUGACACUCCUUUGCAUGCAGCACUCCAUAUCUUUCUGGACAUCAAUGCUGACAUUGGCUUUAACUUCCUCAGCCACCUGUUGGACUUAUUUUUGUCCAACCCUACCGAAUUUUACUACCUAAAUCCUAACGUCCAAGAUAGCAAUGGGAACACAUUGAUGCACCUCCUCUUCCAGAAGGGCAUGCUGAAGCGCACGAAGAAGCUUAUAGAUCUGCUGGUGAAGUUUGACAUCAACUUCAACCUGAAGAACAAGGCAGGCAAAGGGGUAAGGCAUCGAAUUAAGAAGAAUGAUGCUUUGCUUUUGGCCUGGAACAAAGCGCUGACAGAGAGCAGGCGGAAGAACCGGCAAGACCCUGCUGCCCAUCUAGGGAGGCUCUCCAGGUCUUCUGCUCCUGGCCAUAUGUCUCAGCUCAAGUCCCAAACUUCCUUCAAGUCUCUGUCAUGUGGUGCCACUGACAGAACUCUUUCCAAGGGAGUCACAGAGGUUCUACCUGAUGUCCAGGUAACCAGGCAGGAGCCUGAAGCCAUUAGGACACAUUCUUUGAGAGACCGCCUUAUACAGGACAUCACAGUUCUGAUCCAGCAGGUUGAGUUGGAUAUGUCUCUUCCAGAGGACUAUCCUCAGCGAGGUUCUCUCAAGGUAGCAGCUGGCACAGAAGGAAAGAAAGACAAACUCCAGAGAGUCCAGAGUGUGGGGAGCUCUGGCUGUGGAAACAACCCUGUUGCCUCUGAGGCUGGGGAUGGGCUUGCUCAGGCAGGCCCACAGUCCUCACAGCUUGUGCCUGCUGGUAACAGAUUGGGAAUGACCAGUGGUAAUGAGGACAAUUGGACUAUGCAGGAGAUUCAGGGCUUUCUGCAGGACUUUGAUAACAUGACCUGGGAGAUUGAGUGCACUUCGGAAAUGCUGAAGAAGCUGUCCAGUAAGGUUAUGACCAAAGUUAUAAAGAAGAAAAUAAUCCUUGCCAUCCAGCAGCUGGGGAAUGGUGAGUGGACCCAGGGCUUGCAGAAGCGGCUGAAGCACUCAAAAGGAAACAUCCAACUAUUUGAAGCAAAGCUGGACAAAGGUGCCAGGAUGCUGUGGGAGCUUGCCAUUGACUUCUCUGCUCGGUGCAGUGAGAACUCUGAGAAAAUUAUGGGUACAGAUAGGAACAUGUACUCUCUGGAAAAAUCAGGGAGGGUCUAUACAGAAAUCAUCCGCAUCUGGGACAUUGUCUUAGAUCACUGCAAGCUGUCAGAUUCCAUCAUGGCCAUCUGCAGCGCCUACACCCGGGGCUUGUCUUGUGUCCUUCGAAAGAAGCUGAAGGGUAUCAACAAAGGGCAGGUGUCAGCUAACAUGAAAAUCCAGAAGCGAAUACCCCGCUGCUAUGUGGAAGACACAGAGGCCAAGAAAAGCACAGAGCAGGUAGAUCCUGAGUACUUUCCCCCAGCCAGUGCUGUAGAGACAGAGUACAACAUCAUGAAGUUCCACAGCUUCAGCACAAACAUGGCCUUAAACAUCCUCAGUGACAUGACAGCAACGGUGGAGUAUCCAUUCCGAGUGGGUGAGCUUGAAUAUGCUGUGAUUGACCUUAACCCCAAGCCCCCGGAACCCAUCAUCCUCAUUGGGCGGAGUGGCACUGGGAAAACAACCUGUUGCUUGUACAGGCUUUGGAAAAAAUUCCAUGUUUACUGGGAGAAAGCUGAGCAGGCAGGAAGUCCGUUGCUGUCCAAACAGAUCUUGCCAAAGAGAAGGUUGGAAGUAGAACCAGGGAAAGACAGUCCGGGUCGGGAGGAAGAAGAAGAUGAGGAAGAGGAGGGCUCCAUCAAAGUGGAAACAGCGGAUAGUAUAGAUGAGGAGCAAGAGAAUGAAGCCUGUGCAGGAGGAGCCACAGUGGAGCCAGCAGGGGACAGCCAAGUAGCAGAAGGAUGUAUGCCAGAACAGCCACCCCAACUGGAACAUCUACACCAGAUCUUUGUGACCAAGAACCAUGUCCUGUGCCAGGAGGUGCAAAGGAAUUUUAUUGAGCUCUCCAAGUCUACCAAGGCCACCAGUCACUACAAGCCACUGGAUCCCAGUGUCCACAAACUCCAGGACCUGAAGGAUGAGAACUUCCCUCUGUUUGUUACUUCCAAGCAGCUACUCCUCCUGCUUGAUGCCUCUCUGCCAAAACCAUUUUUUCUGAGAAACGAAGAUGGAAGCUUAAAAAGAACCAUUGUAGGAUGGUCCACACAGGAAGAGUUUAGCAUCCCCAGCUGGGAAGAAGAUGAUGAAGAAAUUGAGCCUGAUGGGAACUAUAGUGAGGAGGAGAAAGCUACAGAAACACAUGCAGAUGAUAGUGAUCCCCGGGUAUAUGUGACAUUUGAGGUGUUCACCAAUGAGAUAUGGCCCAAAAUGAUCAAAGGGAGAAGUUCCUACAAUCCAGCACUGAUUUGGAAAGAAAUAAAAUCAUUCCUGAAGGGUUCUUUUGAGGCUCUUAGUUGUCCUCAUGGGAGACUGACUGAAGAAGCCUAUAAGAAAUUAGGGAGGAAGCGAUCCCCCAAUUUCAGGGAAGAUCGGAGUGAGAUCUACAGCCUCUUCUGCCUGUAUCAGCAGAUUCGCUCCCAGAAAGGGUAUUUUGACGAAGAGGAUGUUCUGUACAGCCUGUCCUGGAGGCUGUCGAAGCUCAGGGUCCUCCCCUGGUCCAUCCAUGAGCUCUACGGCGAUGAGGUUCAGGACUUCACCCAAGCAGAGCUGGCAUUGCUGAUGAAAUGCAUCAAUGACCCCAACGCCAUGUUCCUCACGGGAGACACUGCCCAAAGCAUCAUGAAGGGUGUGGCUUUCCGCUUCAGUGACCUGCUCUCUCUGUUCCACUAUGCCAGUAGAAACACAGUAGACAAGCAGUGUGCUGUCCGAAAGCCCAAGAGAAUCCACCAGCUGUACCAGAAUUACAGAUCUCACUCAGGAAUCCUCAAUCUUGCAUCUGGAGUGGUGGACUUACUUCAGUUCUAUUUCCCAGAAUCUUUUGAUCGCCUUCCAAGAGAUUCUGGACUCUUUGAUGGUCCCAAACCAACUCUCUUGGACUCUUGUAGUGUAAGCGACUUAGCAAUUUUGCUGCGAGGAAACAAAAGAAAAACCCAGCCCAUUGAAUUUGGUGCCCACCAGGUGAUUCUUGUUGCCAAUGAAAUGGCAAAGGAGAGAAUUCCAGAAGAGCUGGGGUUAGCGCUUGUACUAACAGUUUAUGAGGCCAAAGGAUUGGAAUUUGAUGAUGUCCUCCUGUACAACUUUUUUACUGAUUCUGAGGCUUACAAGGAAUGGAAGAUCAUUUCCUCAUUCACACCGUCAUCUGAAUCCAGAGAGGAAAGCUGGCCGUUGGCUGAAGUUCCGCUGGAGAAAUCAAGUUCCUCUCAGGCUCGAUCUCUUAUGGUGAACCCAGAAAUGUACAAGCUCCUCAAUGGAGAGCUGAAGCAGCUGUACACUGCCAUCACACGGGCUCGCGUCAACCUCUGGAUCUUUGACGAAAACCUAGAGAAACGGGCUCCUGCUUUCAAAUAUUUUAUUAGGAGAGAUUUUGUCCAAGUUGUAAAGACAGAUGAAAAUAAAGACUUUGAUGAUAGCAUGUUUGUUAAGACAUCAACUCCUGAUGAGUGGAUCACACAAGGAGACUAUUAUGCCAAGCACCAGUGUUGGAAGGUUGCGGCUAAGUGUUACCAGAAAGGAGAUGCAUUUGAGAAGGAGAAGUUGGCGCUGGCCCACUACACUGCCCUGAAUAUGAAAUCCAAGAAAGUCAGCCCCAAGGAAAAGGAGCUGCAGUAUUUGGAACUGGCUAAGACGUACUUGGAGUGCAACGAGCCAAAGCUAUCUCUUAAGUGUUUGAGCUACGCUAAGGAGUUCCAGCUUUCUGCCCAAUUGUGUGAGAGGCUGGGAAAGAUAAGAGAUGCUGCCUAUUUCUAUAAGCGAAGCCAGUGCUUCAAAGAUGCUUUCAGAUGCUUUGAGCAGAUUCAGGAAUAUGAUCUCGCACUCAGAAUGUACUGCCAAGAGGAGCUUUUUGAGGAAGCUGCUAUUGCAGUGGAAAAAUAUGAAGAAAUGUUAAAGAACAAGACCUUUCCCAUUCCCAAAAUCUCCUAUUCUGCCAGUCAGUUUUACUUGGAAGCUGCUGCAAAGUACCUAAGUGCAAAUCAGAGCAAGGAAAUGAUGGCUGUCCUUUCCAAGCUUGAUGUAGAAGACCAGCUGGUGUUCCUGAAGUCUCGGAAAUGCCUAGCAGAAGCAGCAGAAUUGCUGAAUAGGGAGGGCCGGAGGGAAGAGGCUGCCCUAUUGAUGAAGCAACAUGGUUUCCUCCUGGAGGCAGCCAGGCUCACUGCCAACAAGGACUUCCAGGCCUUGUGCCUACUGGGGGUUGCCCGCAUCAAUGUGGCCAGGGAUUCUGACAUAGAACAUACAAAGGCUAUUCUGAGAGAAGCACUUGAUCUCUGCUAUCAAACCAGCCAGCUGGCCGGCAUUGCAGAGGCUCAGUUUCUACAAGGGAUUAUCCUGAGGGACUUUCAGAAGCUUAGAGAUGCCUUCGUCAAGUUUGACAUGCUUAACCACUCAGCUGGAGUGGUCGAAACUCUCUAUGAAGCAGCCAGCCAGUGCAAGUCUGAGCAUCAGAAGGUUCUGGCCCUGGCUCCAUGUGGCUUGGAAGUUCUUCUCAACCUGGUCAGGGCCCUUAAAAAUGUGACAAACAAUGCUGAGAAGGAAAUGGUAAAAUCUUGCUUUGAGUUUUUUGGAAUCUCUCAGGUGGAUGCCAAAUAUUGCCAAAUAGCCCAGAAUGAUCCUGGGCCCAUAUUAAGAAUAAUUUUUGAUCUGGAUCUAACCUUGAGUGAGAAGAAAACAAAAGAUCACUUCUUAAUCAUGACUGAUCAAGUGAAAUUAGCCCUGAACAAGCACCUUUUGGGCAGACUGUGUCAGAUCACACAGAUCCUGCUUGGGAGGACCUACCCAGGGAUCUGCAGGAGAUUUACUGUGGGCUUGAAAUGUGAGGAUGAGCAGUGUGAAGAUUUCCACAGGCCCCUCAGGCGCUGUGAGGCCAAGAGCAUGGUUCAGUCUAAAAUGCACCUGGUGGCAAUCAAUGGGUUGCUUCUGGAAGCCAAGAAAGUGUUCCCUAAUGUCUUAGCUGAAGAACUUGAAGAAAUAGAUUUUAUUUUGUCUCCAGAUACAUAUGGCCUUUGCAAAUCCUUUCUAAACCUCCUCUUCCCUAGGCAUUUUCACCAGAGAGUGCUGUCAGAAAACCCUAUGGCAUGCAAAGAAAUCCUCAAGCCAAAUUACAAGUCCUUUCGCUCCUACCGGUUUGCCUUGAAAGAGUACAUCCAUGACCUUUUCCAAAGAGAAAGUGCACACAGCCGCAGGGAGUCCACAGACCUGUGGCUGAGCGCCAUGCAGGCUUUCCUUCUGUCCUCUAGCUACCCAGAGGAGUUUGAGAAGCUGCUUCAGCUAGAGGAGGACAUUUACAACCGGGAGCUGAAAGCACUAGAGUCUGACAGAGAAGACAGAGGCAAGAAUAGAGGCAACAGAACGAAAGGCAUAGAAGGGAAAUUUGGCAUGUUGGUGCCCAACAGGGAAGAUGAAAACAUGGAGAAGUCCUAUCUGUGCUUCAUCCGGCUGCUGGAGAGUUCCAUGGACCAGCUCUAUGUGCAUAGGAACCCUGAAGACUACAAGAGGCUCUUCUUCCGCUUCAUGAAUGUCCUUAUCAAGAGGUGCAAAGCGCCGCUGGUCCCCAGCAUUAUCAACACAGUGGUGCUGCUGGAGCUGCAGUUUGUCCACUGUGUAGUGGUGCUGGCCCGCCUCUGGAAGAAUGCUGUCCUGUGCCUCCCCAAGAGCUACAUUGCGCUCCUGCACUUUUGGGAGUUCCUGUCCAGCAAAAAGGACAGGGAGUCUGCAGAUGUGUUCUCCAUCAUCCAAGAGUACAAGCCAAAGGAUGUGGCCAAAGCCAUCCGGGACUUUCGGUUCCACCUGUCCUACCUCGUCAAGGUGCUGUGUGGCUACGAGAAUAUGAACUUCAAUGUCCUGCUUGACGCCUUCAGUGAAAUAGACUAUGUGAUCUCGGGGGAGUCAGAACGGACACUGGUGCUGUGUUUGGUGAUGCUGGUGAAUGCUGAGGAAGUCCUGCAGCCCUUCUGCAAGCCACUUCUGUUCCGCUACUUCCGGGAGAUCCAGUCAAGGCUGCAGCUGAUGAGCGUGGACUGGCCAGACCAGGUGCCCAAGAGGCUGCUGAAGGUGGUUCAUCGGGUGUUGAUGGCAGUCAGUGUGAAGUCUGUGGCCGAGGCGCUGCAGGACCUGCUCUUUGAGCGGGAUGAGGAGUACCUGGUGGAUUGCCACUGGCGAUGGGACAGUGUGCACACCAAAGGCACUGUGGUUCGAGGCCUCUGUCAUGAGGAGGUCAGACUGAACCGCCUGCUCUGUAUGGGUCCUGUGGACCAGUUUGCUGACCCAGAGUGGGAUUUUGGUGAAGAUGAGACUCAUGAAUUAGAUGAGUUGGCCCUGGAAGAUCGAGAUCAUUUUUUGGCUGCCAUCCUUUCCCAGAAGCAACGGAAGGCCUUGAUCCAGCGCAAGCUGCGCAGAGCCUGUCUGGUGGUGUCUCUCUGCAUCAGCUGGAGAAGAUGGAUCCAGACGGAGCAUAGCAGGGAGGAGGCUAUGGAGCUGAGGGCUGGGAACUUCAAAAGGGCCGAUGUAGACAGGACCCAGUGUGACCUGUGUGGAGUGAAGUUCACCCGAAGCCCGGAAAGCUACUUCAGUCCUGUCAGAGCAUUUGAGGGAGCAGCCUCAGAGGCUGUGAUCAUUUCCAGGGCUGAACUGGAAGGGAGGGAAUGUAGAGAGAGAAUGAGUGAGUCUUAUGAGCAGCACAUUCGCCUGGAAGGCCACCGGAGGCAGCAAGCAGCCUACCAGAAAUACCUGGAAUUUUUCCACGAAAAGGUAGACCCAGCCAUCGAAGAAGGCAAAGUGGUGGUGCAGGACAUUGAGCAGAGCAUCUGGAUCCGUAGUCACCUGGGUUCCAAGGAGCAGAGCCACAUGCUGCAGAGGAAGGUUCAGGAGCACAUCAGGAGGGCUUCAGAUCUGGUGGAGGAGCUCUACAGGCGGAAGGCCUGGGCUGAAGCAGAGGAGGUGAUGACUCGGCAGGUCAAAAUCCUGACCCUGUCAGUCAAGAAUGCACAAGAAUGGCUGAAGAAGACAGAGCUCCGCUUAAAGGAUGAAGGUAUUGUUCAGGAAGAGGAGUAUGAAAAUGAAGUGGAAGACUUUGGUGAGCUCCGCCCUAGAAAGCGAGCCUGGAAAUGUGGAAAACAGAGAAAGUUCUAACAUAUUUUCAUACAUGGCUUGCCUCUUAAACCUUCAGAAAAUUCCAUCCUGUCUUAGAAUUCUGAUUGCUGUAGCAGAAGAGAAAAAUAAUAUGAAUUAGAGUUAAAAAAGAAAAGGGACAAUCACCUUUGUUCUUCAUUGUUAUUAUUGCCCAUUUAAUGGUGACAUAGGGUCAGAUUGUUCCCUCACACGCAGGGGUCUCCAGUUUUCCAAGUUCAAGUCUAACAGCAGCACUGCUCCCUCAUGUACCACACAUGCCCAGUUAUGGGGGCAGGGAGAUGAAAGGACUGCUGGGAUUUCUCUGCCCGAAUCUUAGUCUCCCUGGCUCAUCACCACUCUGUGAUGAGUAGAUCAGAGGACUAGGCAUUUAAGAUUGGCACACCUCAUCUUGGAGUGCCGUGCUCCAGGCCAGGAAAUCCCUCUGUGGAGUCCUCAUCUCUUGCCACACUGCUGUAAAACAGCAGGUAGAACCAAGGCUGGUUGUGCCCAGAGUUCAUUUUGAUCUUGCCAUCAGCCACUCCUAAGCCCAGGCUACCUUUUCUGGUUGUCCAAGUGGCUUCUGUGGUGUGUUUCCCUUUUUUCUCUGGUGACUUUUCUGCCCUCGCUCUGUGUUUUAUUUAUCUAUCUAUUUAUCUAUUUAUCUAUUUAUCUAUCUAUCUAUCUAUCUAUUUAUCUAUCUAUCUACCUACCUAUCUAUCUAUUUAUUUAUUUAUUUAUUGUGUGUGCAUGUGUAUGUGUGUGCAUGUGUGCUUAUUCUCAGCUACCUGUGCAAGUCAUGGUUAGACUGCCUCAGAAUGUAGUUAAGUACCUGCCCAGCAGCCUUUGGACAUCCUUUCCAUUCAAGGAACAUUUGAGGGUGUUUCCUGCCCUUUCCAAGGUAGUUUUGCCUUUGUCUUGGCUAUUCUGUAGGUGAUACAAGAAGCACCUUCUGUAUGCCUGUACAUCUAUGUUUCUAGUUUCUUCUGGCAUGGUUGACACCUAUGCUCACAUCGACAGCUUGAGUUUCUGCCCACUGGGCUCUGCAAGUGGAAAGCAAUGGACAGAGGAGGAACCAGCCUUCUAAUGUUAGUUCUUUGGGAUUUGGUAGUGGAUCACUGCCAUGUGGCCUACAGGCCCUGCCAGAGGGGUUGCAUGUGGCCUGCAUUCCCCUCCACCCACUGCCAGCAACCCUCACCCUGCCCUCAUUUGGGAAGCCUUCCUGCCUCUCUGAUGGUCACUGCCUACCCUUUCCCCACUCAGCCCAGGUUCAUGCUGGUCUCUGCAGGCUUUGCCUCACCAGAGAACCAGCUUUUCUUCCAUGUUGCUGCUGCUUUUGCUGCUCACUAUUGCCCUUCAUCGUCUUUCUAAAAUACUUUUUCUCGAAAUGUUUGCUUUCUAAUUUUUUAUUAAGUUAUGUUUCUCAUUUUUAUUCCUGAUUUUUAAUAAACUUGCCAGAAAAGUCUAAUCAAAUAUUGCUGUAUGAUCUCAUUUUAUAAAGUUAUAGCAUCUCUCUUAUGUGUUGUUGUCUUGUUUAUUUACAAUUUCUACUGAGCAAAUACAUGAUAGUUGGUGCUGGCUCUUUCUGGGCUUCUGGCUGAUGCUGGCUUUCUGUCCCUGCUGAUAUUAAGAAGUUCAAGGUCAGAGAAACACAGCUGAGUGCAGCACCCGUGCUUAGGAGUGUUGCUGAGGGCCAGCCUUGUACAAAUUCUUUUCAGUCUGGUUGCUUCUAUCCAAAAGAGUUUGUCAAUGCUGUUUUACCAGGACUUCAUACUAGCAAGGCCCUGGAAGGUAGGAGACCUAAAAUCAGCUUUAUUUACUUCUCAUAAUGAGCUGAAUAUCCUGAGAUAAGCCAGAUCUGCUCAAUAUGGUGUUCAGUUGAUCCAUCUUCCUCUGGUUGAUACAACCUGGUGUAGGAGAUCUGCUACUGUGGUGAUAGAGAGGCAUAAUAAAGGGGGUAGCAGCAGCAUUUGUAUGCCCCUUUUGGAGCUCAGUUUCCUCUAUGAGGAAUUGGCAGAGUUGGCCUGUAAGCUACGGGGUUUGGAUACCCUCAAGCCUUGGUGCUGUGAUAUCACUUAUGUGACGUGGUUGGACAUGUGAGCUGGAGAAUGCCAAAUGUUCCAUCCUGGACUUUAGGAAAAAGGGUCUCAGAUCCGGGACAGAUAAUACCACUGCCUUCUCUACCUUCAGCAUCUAGUAGGCACCUGAAACAGUCUUUCUCUACAGGUUUGAGGUCCUGAGAAGAGAAUGGAAGUCAGCAGGAGGGUCAGGAAUGCCAACACUGAUCUGAGCUCAAGAGCCUAGUCAUGUGGCAGAAGCUUUGCUGUUCCAGGCCUGCCUGGAAGAACAGGAUGUGGGUACAUAUCAAGGUCACAAUACCAAUUGUGAGGUCCAAAAACAAAAACAAAAAACAAACCAAAAAAAAACCAAACCAUUUGUGGGGCACAGGGAUUCAGCAUGCAACAAAAGUCAUGAUGAUGAUUUACUUUGCAAAGGUAACUCAAGAAUGGCCCAGAAAAGGAAAGGCAGAUGGGUCAAAGUUGGGGGUCCUGGGUGUAAGAGUUACUCAGGGCAUGCUUAGCUCUCAACAAGGGCUGAAGGUGCCUUUCCCAAACCAUCCUGCAUGAGUUUCCGACGUGGAAUCUUCCAGUGGAGCCCCAGGUUUGCUAGGCACCGUGGCCUACAGUGACUGCCAUAAGAGCUCCCGGCUCGCUAUGUAAUAGCUCACGAUGCACUUGCUAUCGUAGUGCACAAAGAGAGAACUCUCACCUUCAUAGGUCCUGAGUGUCCCCAGGUCCCUCACACAGGCAGAGUGUGUCAGCUGUUAGUUUCUGUAGUGCAACAGAAAAAGCUUUCCUGGGCCACUGUAGCCAUUGGGUGGGCACAUGGAUCAGGGCUCCUGAAAGGGAUGAGAUAGGAGUUACCUUCCUCCCUUACAGAAAGAGCCUUCAAACUAAACAGCAAGACCAUUUCUGUGCCUCAGGAGAAUGAUUCUAGCUUUCAUAAUCUUAACAAAGCAACCUCUGUCCUUAAAUGAGGCAUUCCAUUUUUAUUUUUAAGUGUUAUUGGCUUUGGCUGUGAGCUUCCUGUGUUUCCAGCUGAUAGCACUAGGUCUAUUAAAAUCCUGGGGCUUAACGGCAUAAUAAUUGGGUACACACGUGAAUCUUGCUUGUGUAUGAAAUGUCUCUUUUACUUAAUUUGAUUCAGAUCCCAUUCUGUACCCUGUUCCCCGUAUGGAAAUUCAACACACAUCAUUAUUGAGAGGCCCCUGCUUGGAGUCUCUCAGGGUUAGGAAGCUUCUGUGAUGUGGGAGACAUGAAGAAAACCCUCUCUCUUCAGUAUGUGACAUCUUCCGGUACAAGGUCUCCCUAAGCUGGCACAGUCUCAGACAAUAGGUUACUUUCCUUUUGGAGCUGAGCACAUGUGAGGCUUGGAGCCCUGGAGAAAUCUCUGUCGUUGAACUAUCUUGUCCCAUUCUUGAGGUUUUAUCAUGACCCAAUGUAUUGCCUAGAACAUGAGCACAGGUCUCUACUGGCCACAACAUACCCUGGCACUCUCUUUGUGCCUGAACAGAGGGACUAAAGACCUUACUAUUUUCCUGGGACGGGAGAGGAGAAAUAGAAUAAGCACAGAUUGACAGAUGAAUAGAGCUGAGGUCCAAGUAGACUUCCAAGGAUGGUCACUCCCCUUCCUCAUUCCAUGUCUGGAUGUGUGUAUUAUAUCCACCUAAAGGUGGAGUUUGUUCCCUUUCACCUAGGAUUUAACUUUAGCCGAGACAGCAGUAGCAGCAGUGUGCCAACUCUACUUUUGCUUGUUAAAGGCCUGGCAGCUUUGGUAAUUCAGCCACCAUAUGAAGACUCAGUUUCUUGAGACCUGUGCUGUGAUGGACUCAGGCUAGCGUGAGGAAGCCUGGGUCCUUGUGGAAGCCAAGUGGAGUCCCGCAUGCCUUCAUGUGAGUGAAGAGCUCUCUGUGUUUCAGUCCAGGUGUCUACUGGUGGCCAGCUCAGUGCCCUUGGCUGACUUGAAAAGACCCAACCACCAGCUCAGACUUGCCUGGAUGUAUGCUGCCAAAUCAUAGAAAUAGCCAUUCCUGGCUUAAAUCAGCCAGUUUGGAUCAGUUUGCUAUACAGAAAUAGGGAAUUAAUGUGAGAGCCUGCUUCAUCUUGGACAGUGUGAGGAAUGUUACUCAUCCAACCUCAAACCUCCUGACAUCAUUCUAGUCCAGAGUGGCACAUGGUUUUUUAUAUGUAAAGUAAGGGGAGCUUUUGGCCAAGGCAGGAGGAUGGCAGAACAGAGUUCCCAACUGGAUCGUAUGUGCUCAGCCUGCUGUUAGAAGAAAAAGUUUCACCUACACCUUCCUGGCCUAGUAGGGGCUGCAGCACCUUAGUGCCUAAAGCUCCAGGACUGUGGGGAUCCAAAACUCUCCCCUAGAGUCAAGGCUUCAUUAUCUUAGCUAUUGGCAACUAGCUGGCUGUGCAGGCUGAGACUCAGCUGCGGAGCAUCUUGAAAUAUGGGUGAGCCUCUGGCCAAUAUCACUGGUCCUUUCUACUCAGUUCUGGAGAUCUGGUUCCCUAGGGCCACUAGCAGCCAACAGAAGACAUCUGUGGAAGCCUGGGUAAGAAUACAGGUGGAGGCUGGAUGGGUAGUGCAUGCCUGUAACCUCAGCACGUGGGAGCUAUAGGCAGAAGAAUGGCCACAAGUUUAAGGCUAGCCCGAGCUACGUAAUACCUUUCAGUUCAGCCAGGAUUACAUAGAUCAUGUCCCAAAAAUCUUUUAAAAGAAAAGAAUACAGAUGAAGGCUUCCUGUGCCUACCACUCUCUUACCAUGCUACUUCAUACUAUAUUAUGAAGGGCCUCCCUUGUGUGUAUGGGCAUUGCAGUCCUGCAUCAAAACCCAUUUGUUGGCUGUACACUGUCCUCUCCAUGCAGCCAGACUUGCUGCCUCCUAACAGGACAUCAGAGGAGAAGACUCAAGGCUCUGCAGGCAGGGCCGCCCGGAUACUAGAAUGUAUCAGGUGUAUUGUAGUUUCUCUUGCCGUGGUAAAAGCCAUGACCAAAAGCAACUUGGGGAGGGGGGAACAUUUAUUUCCCUUUGGCUUGUUCAGUCUGUUGUCUUAUAUCUCCAGGACCACCUGCCCAGGAGUGACACUACCCACAGUGAGCUGAGCCCACCACCUCAAUCAUUGAUCAGGAAAACGUGAAAAUGUACUACACACUUGCCUAUAGUUCAUUCUUAUGAAGGCAUUUUUUUUCCCCCAAUUGAGAGUCCCUUUUCCCAAAUUAUGUCAAGUGCACAAAGAAAUACAGGAGGCACUUAAUCUCAUUGCAGCUUGGUAUGCCAUGGCUGGUUGAUAUCCAUGGGAAGCCUGCCCUUUUCUGAAGAGAAACAAAGGAGGAGUGGAUGGGAUGUGGUGCAGAAAGGGGAGGUAUGUGUGGGGGACUGGGAGGAGAGGAAGGAGGAAGAACUGUGGUUGAGAUGUAAAAUAGCCCAGUUCCAGAAAGACACACUUGGUAUAUACUCACUUAUAAGCGGAAUUAGCCAGAUAGUAUCGGAUAAUCAUACUACAAUCCACAAACCCUAAGAAGCCAAGGAAGAACACAGGGAAGAUUCUUGAAUCUCACUCAGAACAGGAAAUAAAAUAGACAUCAGAUGGAGGGAGGGAACUGGAUGGGAGAUGGGAUGGGGAGGGUAAGGGGAGUGGGGAUCAGGUGGGUAGAGAGGAGGAGGGCAGGUGGUGAGAACUGGGAGAGAACAGAAAUUCAGGGCUGGGGGCAUCUCUGGGACAUCUCUGGAGGCUGCUGGGAGUCUGUGGGACUGAUCCUAGUGGAGACUCCAAGAGACACAUCUUAAGGAGCAUAAAGUCAGCACCUCCUGUAGCCAGUUAGGACUCCCAGUGGAAGAAGGGGAACACCAACUCACACAUAAAACCUUCCACCCAAAAUGUGUCUUGUCUACAAGAAGUCUAGGGGCAAAGAUGGAACAGAGACUGAGAGAAUGGCAAACCACCCAAUGACUGGCCCAGCUUGAGACCCGCCCCACAGGACAGGGAUGACCACUGUCAGUAUUAACGAUACUCUGCUAUGCUUUCAGACUGGAAUCUAGCAUAACUUGUCUUUUGAGAGGCUUUGUUGUGCAGCUUAUGGAGAUUGAUGCAGAGAUCCAAGACCAGGUAAUGGGCAGAGCUCUGGAAGUGCUGUCAAAAAGUGGGGGGAAGGAUAGAGGGAGCUGGAGGGGUCAAGGACACCACAAGAAGACCUGAAGAGUAAUCUCUCCUGGGCUCUGGGCCCAUAGGGGCUCACAGAGACUGAACCACCAGUCAAAGAGCAAAUGUGCAGCUUGGUCAUCAUGUGGGUUCCCUAACAAUGGGAAUAGGGACUGUCUCUGAAUCUGCUGCCUGCUGAUGGGUCCCUUAGCUGGGCUGCCAUGGCACUCCCCAGUGGGACAGGAUAUGCUUAGUCCUGCAGUAACUUGAGAUACCAAAGUAGAUUCAUACCAGUGGGGGCCUUCCCUUCUCUGGAAAGAAGGAGAGGGAAGGAGGGGAGCAAGGGGAUGGGACUGGGAGGAGAGGGGAGAGAGGCUGGAAUCAGGAUGUAAAGUGAUUAAAUAAAGGAAUAAAUGGAGGGGAAUAAAUAGCCAAGACAAUGGGAUUGUGUGUCCCCUGCAGAUCUGGGAUACAAUGCUGUACCAGCAGUAUGGUAGUGUCCACAUUCUCAGUCAUUUCUCCCCAGGCAUAGUCUUCUUAGAGUCUGUGUUGCACAGAAGUCAGAAUUCACAGAUUCUUCAACCAUGAAAUUACCAAAUUUUUCAGUUCCUUUCUCUUCUCCCUAACCUGUACACAUCUCAAAAUGAAGCUCUGUUUCAAACACAUCUGUUCCCAGCAGGUCUAUCUGGGGCCUAGGCUGCCUUAAAUGUGUUCCAGGAUCCAUAUCUAUAAUUGUCACAGUUCUGUGUCCCUGGGGUCACCCUUGACUUCAGGACUUAGAGGGUGGAUAAGCCAAUGCAGCAGAUACCAUCUUUGAUGCAAAUGCUUUUUGUUUUGGUUUGUUUUUUUUUCCUAGUCGGCUGAAACUGGCUUUAGCCUGAUCUUGCCACUAUAAAUUCACCUAGAUAUUCUGCCUCUGGAACAAAAUAUUGGCUGGGUGGUGAGGGGUGCCAUCUCCUCAUUCAGCAUCCCCUAGUCCCUUCAGCACAGACUAAGAAGAGUUUGACUCCAUACUGCUGGGAGAAAUCAGGUCCUUGACAGUGAGACAGUGGGUCCAUCCUCCUAACCACCUACUUACUCAUCCUCCCUGGGAAAAUGCUCUUCUCUCUCAGGUGGAGGGAGAAGCCAUCAGUCAGCACGGUACCUGGGAUCUGUGUGUGUGUGUGUGUGUGUGUGUGUGUGUGUGUGUGUGUGUGUGUGCUUUCACGUGCAAGGGUGUGGAGGACAGUGUUGGAUGUUUGUACUCACCAUCCACCUCGGCUGAGACAGGGUCACCCUUGUCUGCUGCAUACUGCAGGCUAGCUGCAGCUCAUGUUCCCCGGUAUUCUCCUUCUUUGCCUCCCAACUUCUUGUAGGAGCCCUAAGAUUGCAGAUGCAUGUGCUACUGUGCCUGGAUUUUUCUGUGGGUUCUGAAGAUUAGAACUCAGGUCCUACCCAUGUGCUUUACUCCUUGAGCCAUCUCCCCAGCCUUUGGGCACUCUUUAGGUGACUUCUUUACAAGCACACUCCAACUCUGUGGAGAGCUCUGCUCUUUGCUUAGGAGGUGCGCACUCAGGACCUGAUUAUCUGCUGGGACCUUGGCCGCAACAGAGGAGCAGGUCACAGCCACCACCAUAUCUGGAGUGACACCUAAGAUUAGAAUGUGGCUUCCUUUCCUGGCUGUGAAAACCCAGGCAACUCAUUUCCACUCUCUGAGCCCAGAUGGGAAUUUGUAAAAUGGAAAUAGUGACCCAGCUUCUAGCCUAGUUGUAAAUGCCUUUUCCUCCCUGCCCACCUUCUGCAGAUGAACCAAGAAUCUCAAAUGGUUUCAAGAAGGGGUUUGUGUCCAGAGCGGUGUGGGGUGGGGUUGGGGGUGUGAUCACCAGCAAUGAAGAGCUCUAAGGACAGAGCCGGGUCAGCUUUUGUGUCCCUCUGUUCAGAAGGGAACAUUUGUAGGAUGGCUUUGUUGCAGAGGGCCCGUCCUUCUUUUAGAGCUAGAGGCUAUUUUUAACUUAAGUUUUAGAGACUCUACAGGCCAGCUGUUUCAGGAAAAUAUGUAGGUCAGUCUGUGGUUUUGGGGAGCCAUCGUUUUUACGGCUGGGGAGUGGGAUGUGGAAGAGAACACAAAUAAUUUUGGAGUUUCCGGAGGUGUCCACAGAGCUCUCCACCCACCCUGCGGGAAGCCACCACCCAGACGCACCUUCUGGAGAUCUGCUUGGGGCCUGGAGGAGGAAUAUUCUUUGUUACACUUAAGCGGAGUGUGCUGGUUUUUAUUCUCUUUCCCCUUCACUUGCCAUCAGCAAGCCCCGAUGGGGAGGAGACUGACCAGGGGAGGAUGUGGCAAAGGGCCCUCUUACCCAUUGCAUGGGUAAAAUGAGCAGGAACUCCACAAGGAGAGCAACAGAACCAGAAGAUUUGAAUACAGGGGUCUUCCCAGAGACUCAUACUCCAACCAAGUACCAGGCAUGGUGAUAACCCAGAACCCUUGCACAGAUGUAUCCCAUGGCAGUUCAGUGUCCAAGUGGUUACAUAGUAAUGGGAAGAGGGACUGCCUCUGACAUAAUCUGAUUGGUCUGCUCUUUGACCACCUCCCCCUAAUUGGGGAGCAGCCUUACCAGGCCACAGAAGAUGACAAUGCAGCCAUUCCUGAUGAGAUUUGAUAGACUAAGAUCAGAAGGAAGGAGAGGGGGACCUCCCCUAUCAGUGGACUUGGGGAGGGGCAUUCAUGAAGAAGGGGGAGAGAAGGUAGGAUUAGGAGGGGAGGAGAGAGGGGUUUAUGGGGGGAAUAAAGUGUAACUAAUGAAAGUUAAAAAAAAAGAAACAAAAAAAUGAACAUGGGUUUACUUUCAGGUCCAACACUUUCUAUUCUUUGCAAGAAACUCAUUUUUAUGUAUGUGUGUGUACAGGUACGUGUGUGUGUGUGUGUGUGUGUGUGUGUGUGUGUGAGUGCAUGCAUAUAGGCCAAAUGGAAGCCUCACCUAUCAUUUUUCAGGAGCCACCCCACCUUGUCUAGCUGAGACAGGGAGUUUCACUUUGGCCUGAAGCUCCCAGGCUUCUCUCUUCAGCUAGGCUGUCAUCAGGCUUCAGGAGUCCACCUGUCUCUGCCUUCGCACCGCUGAAAUUGCAAUGUGUGCCAUUCCCAGCUUUAACUUCAUAUAAGAUCUAGGAAUCAAACUCAAGUCCUUGUGUUUAUGAGACAAACACUUUACUGUCUGAGUUAUCCCUCUAGCUCAAACAAGUUUUGAUUGUGGCAAAAGUCACAUAAGCUUUACCACCUUGCUUUAAAUGUACAGCUCAACAGUGUUGGGUGUAUGCACACUGCCAUAUAAGCCACCUCCAGGACUUUUACAAACUGGGCUCACCCACUGACACCAGCUACCCGUUUCCUACCUCCCCAGGUCCUGGAAGCCUACUCUAGCUACUUCAUACAAGUAGGACCCUGCAGUAUUUGUCUGUGUUAAGGGCCAGCUGACUCCAUUUUUUUCUUCUUUUCCCUGUCAAACAAUGUUAGAAUUUGUUCUAUUUCUCUAUGGUUUCCUAUGGUGUUUUUCUCUAAUCAUGAGCUAAAGGUCAACUAAUUUUUCUGACUUGUUCUUCCACUAUGACCUUGUGACUGGCAUGUUGUAAAUUGUCUCUAUUGUACCAUGGUAUGUUCUGGGAACUAAUCAUAAACUCACAAUAUGUACUUUUCCUGUAAUCACCUGCUUGCUUGCUCUGUAAAAAGGCUCCCUUGCUUCUGGUCUUGACUGUAUCUCUCUCCUAGUUAUAGGAGAUGGCAAGUGUGGUCCAGCCAUAAAAUAAAUAUUUUUACCUUGCAACA